AUGGAGGUCCUCAAUCACCGCGCGGCGCUGCUGUCCAACUAUGAAGUAUUGACGCUCCUUCGCGAGCUGGAGGGCGACCACCUUGCCCGCACCAAGACGGCUCUUCGUAUCAAAAAGGAGGAUGAGGCGGCGGGCCUUGCUCCAAAAUACCAGAACCCGGCGGAUGACAUCUCCGAGAACCUGCGGACAGUCGAGGUAGAGUGGGAUCUCACAAAGGCUGAGAAGCUCCAGGUUGUGAACUUGGCACCCACUGAGGCUGUGGAGCUCUACGUGAUAGUGGAAGAGUUCGAAGAUCGCUUUGGAGAACGUAUGGACGACAUGCUCAACGCCGUCAAAGGCUCCUUGCAAGAACUUGCCGCAAAAGGCACUGUCAAUGGCGAUAAUUCGCAGGAGAUGCAAGCGGAAACCGUGGUAUAUUCGGAAUACCAAGAGGAGUACAACGAUCCGGGUAAUUGGGGUACCUUCGAUCCGACCGAAGUGGUCUUUGACGACAACGGCGAGGGCGUCGGCAUUGAAGGUGACCUCGACGUUGAGGAUGAUGGAUGA